AUGCCAUCGACCAAAAACUCACAGAGCUUGGAAGCAAUCAAAGAAAUUAUAGAGUCUUACAUGAGAACCCAGUAUAGACCAUACUCAACCAAUGAUAUUUUGCUAAAUUUGCGUAACCAAGUUCCAAAACAAAAAUUGGGAGCAGGAUUAGCAGCUCUAGUUGAAGAAAAUAAAUUGAUUGUCAAGGUCGUGGGUAAGACAAGUUAUUACUGUUAUAAAGAGCUAGUGCUGGAGUCCAAUAGUUCGGAAACUGCUUUGUUGGAAAGUGUCACCCAGAUGGAGAAGGAACUAACAGAUGUUGAGGUUGAAAUAAAAGAUCUUACAACAGCAAAGCAAUUACAAUACUCAGCAUCUGACUCGUCCAAAAUAGCUUUGUGGGGCACGAUUGGGACAGCAUUGGCAGGUCCAGUUUCCGGUGCGGUAGUGGAUCGCAAAGGCUACACCUUGUCACUGCUCAUAGGCGCAUUUUUAAUCAUGUUGGGUUAUGCAGGGAUGAAAUUUCAAUUUGAUCGCCAGCAUAACCAGAUCCAAUUAUCUUGCUUUUGGCUAUUUUCAAUAGGCUUGGGCUCAACUUUCAUCAACUCGGCCUGUCUCAAAUGCUGCGCGGUUAGCUUUCCAAGUAUUAGAGGGGUUGCAACGUCCUUACCGCUAGCAUUGUAUGGUUUAAGUGCACUUUUUUACUCAGUCAUUGCUUCAGUUUUUUAUGCAGGGAGGACGUCAGAGUUUUUGGGGUUUGUCGGAACAUCUAUAGCAGUCAUUUAUGCUGUCUGUUUUCCUAGCGUGUACAUCGCAGACAAAGAGCAUAAGCUUCGAAAUGCUUCUACAUUCAGAAAUCAUCUGUCUGUAGAAGAUCCAGAAAAGAACUUCAAUACUGAUUCCAAAACCGGUUUAUUCAAAAGCUACAAGUUUUGGAUACUAUUCGCCAUUCUUGGUUCUUUGGCCUCACUAGGACAGAUGUACAUUUACUCAGUGGGAUAUAUUGUUAAAUCAUUAGUCGGAUACGUUGCGACUGGACAAAAUUUGGAAAACAUAACUACUAUUGAUGAAAUUGAUUUAUUAAUUCAGCAGCAGCAACAGCUACAGGUGGGAUUGAUUUCAAUUGCAAAUUGUAUUGGAAGAAUCUUGUCAGGCAUUCUUGAAUAUGAUCUGAAUUCGAAAAAUCUGGGCUCGAUGGAUAAAGAUGGUGACUUAGUGAGAACAAGUUUGGGGUGCAUUUUAGGGAAAAAAUGCUAUAGUGACGUUCUAGGUGUUACAGCGGGUAUCGGAUGCAUUGCAAUCAUCUUGGUGCUCAUUUUCAAUAUCAGUGACAUGGUAUUCAAAAGAAGACCAAGAACUUUAUCUCUACUGGAUAUUCGCAAUAAUAAAUUGUACAUAGAAAAGCCUAGCUAA